AUGAGCGGUGGUGUCUACGGCGGUGACGAGGUAGGUGCUAUCAUCUUCGACGUCGGACACCAGAACCUCCGCGUGGGAUAUGGCGGCGAGGAUACGCCGAAGGCCGAGAUCCCGACGACCCUCGGGGUGUGGGAGGAACCCGCCGACCCCAGCGGGAUUGACUGCAACAAUGUCACCAAGAAGCACUACAACGUCGACGUCACGGCUAUCCAAGUGCGAAAAAAGGAUAUGGAGAUAGUGAGCCUGAUGAAGGACGGUAUGAUCGACGAUUGGGACAUGUUUGAACGACUGACCGAGUAUACAUACAAGCAACGACUGCAUGCCUUAUCCGAGCAUCAUCCGAUCCUGAUGACCGAGUGUCCGUGGAACACCAGACUGAAACGCGAGAAGUUGUUAGAGCUCAUGUUCGAGAAAUUCAACGUGCCGGCUAUGUAUAUCUGCAAGAACGCCGUUUUGGCUGCUUACGCGAACGGUAGAUCUACGGCGAUGGUCGUGGACAGCGGUGCCACGCACACUAGCGCAGUGCCGGUCCACGAUGGUUACGUUAUCACUCAAGGAAUUGUCAAGAGUCCUUUGGGUGGCGAUUUCAUCACUAUGCAAUGUAGACAGUUCUUCGAGGAGAAAGACAUCGAACUGGUACCAGCUUGUCUUGUCGCCAGCAAAGAUGUAGUACGAGAGAGAGAUCCUCCUCGCUGGACGAAACGACCCGGACCGCAACCAUCGUCGUCCUGGCUGAGUUACAUGGUGCGAGAGUUGUUACAGGACUUUCAGAUGAACUGUUUGCAAGUAUCGGAUAGUCCCUAUGACGAAGAUAUGGCAAAUACUCUACCCAUGAAGCAUUAUGAAUUUCCGACUGGUUACAACGAUGAUUUCGGAUCUAUAAGGCUCAUGAUACCCGAGGCUCUCUUCGAUCCUAGUAACGUUAAGGGUGUAGGCGCGAGUAUUUUAGGAAUUGGCCCUCUGGUCACCACAAGUGUCGGAAUGUGCGAUAUGGAUAUCAGACCAAGUCUGUAUGGCAGCGUAGUGGUGACCGGCGGCAAUUCUUGUCUUCAGGGCUUCAGUGAGAGACUGAAUCGGGACCUGGCCAGUAAAACCCCACCGAGUAUGAGACUGAAAAUAAUCAGCGCAAACAGCUCAAGCGAGCGACGUUAUGGUGCCUGGAUCGGUGGCUCGAUCCUCAGUUCUUUGGGCUCAUUCCAGCAAAUGUGGCUGUCGCGUCAAGAGUACGAGGAAUCUGGCAAACUUAUUUUGGAAAGAUGCGCGUAAUUAAGUAAU